ACACGGGCGUCACAGGGAACCCCCAUCCUGCAGCCCCACCGUGGGACUAGUGCGGCUCCCCUCCCCCAAAUGGAGCCCAGUCCAGCCUGGGGCAGGAAAGCAGAGCCCCGAGCACGUGGCUCCCACCCCACACCCGGCGCCAUGGGACAGCGAGGGAGAGAAUGGCGGGGCUGGGCCCCCCAAGGGCAGCAGCACCCAGUCUGCACGGGGCCAGCACGGCUUGGGGGGUGGGGUGUAUGGGUGGGAGGAUGCGACACUGGAUGGAACGGGGGUGACCAUUUAGAACGGUAUCCAUACCGAUAUUACCACACUGCAGUGAAUCCUAGACCAGAUCUGCCACGGAAGGUAUCAGUGAGAAAGGCUUGGGAGCAGGGGAGCGCAAACAGAAGUUUGUGGGAGGGCGACGUAACAGUGUCGCUACGGUUAGGAAGGGCCACAUGGCCAGUGCCCACGCUGCUCCUGUCUCCUCCACCUGCACCUGUACCCAGACAGCGAACUGAACCAUGGAGGCCUCCCCCCAGAUCCUGGCGUGGACUUGCAGAGACCGUGGCGGGCGUUUCCCACUCUCAGAAAGCCAGGCUGGGGGGAGCGUCCAGUGCGAAAGGGGCCUGCUGGUGGAAUCUCUCAGGAAGCAGGGGGGAGAGCUACAGGAGGAGAUGGCUAGGCCGAUGCGCAUCCGUGCCCACAAGGAAUUCACUGACAGUUUUCAUAUGGAGGCUUCCAUGGCUGAGGACGCUAUCCAGCUAGAGAGGACUGUGCACGCCGCCAGGGGAGGAGGAUAUGGCUCUGUCACAGGGAGGACACUGGCUGCUGGUGACUUCCUGCAGCAGGCUGUGCCCCGUCCCUACUCCCAACCCACCCACCAUGGUGAUGGAAAACCGAUAUGCUGCCCUGGCAACGAGUGGUGAGGAAUCGCCCCCAAAGGUGGAGAAGGAGAAGCCAUGUACCCCCAAGGCUGGGAGGAUCACAGCCGCCACUCCCAGGAGGAAACGAAGGGUAGUGGUGGUUGGAGACUCUCUUCUGAGGGGGACGGAGGCACCUGUCUGUCGCCCUGGCAUGGCAUCCUGGGAAGUAUGCUGCCUGCCAGGGGCCCGUAUCUGAGACGUUACGGAGGGAUUGUCGAGGAUCAUCCGUCCCUCUGACUACUACCCCAUGCUACUCAUCCAUGUGGGCACAAAUGAUACUAUGAGGUUUAACCCUCAGCAGAUCCGAAGUGACUACAGGGCUCUGGGAGUAAGGGUGAGGGAGUUGGGAGCGCAGGUGCUGUUCUCUUCAGUCAAGGGUAGGGGCCCAGGCAAAGACGGAUGCAUCCUGGAGGUGAAUGCCUGGCUGCGAGGAUGGUGUCGCCAAGAAGGGUUUGGCUUCCUUGACCACGGGUUGCUGUUUCAGGAAGAAGGAUGCUAAUCAGAGAUAGGCAGACCCCAUCGAGGAAGGGGAAGAGCAUUUUUGGCUACAGACUGGCUAACCUAGUGAGGAGGGCUUUAAAUUAAGUUUGAAAGGGGCAGGUGACCAAAGCCCACAGGUACAUGAAGAACAUAGAGACCUGGGAGAAGGUUCUCAAUUUGGGGGGAGCAUGGGCUGUUAUAGCAGGGAUAAAGGAGAGACAAGACAGAACUUGGGGGCGGAAAUCAAAUCAGUAUCUGAGAUGUCUGUAUACUGAUGCAAGAAGUAUGGGAAAUAAGCAGGAAGAAUUCGAAAUGCUAGUAAAUAAACACAACUAUGACCUAGUUGGCAUCACGGAGACUUGGUGGGAUAAUACACAUGAAUGAAAUAUUGGUAUAGAAGGGUACAGCUUGCUGAGGAAGGACAGGCAGGGAAAAGGGAGGAGACGUUGCCACAGAUAUUAGAAACCUACACACUUGGACUGAGGUUGAGAUGGGAAUAGGAGACAGACUUGCUGAGAGGCUCUGGGUAAGGACAUAAGGGGUACAAACCAAGGGUGAUGUCAUGGUCGGGGUCUACUACAGACCCGCUAGCCAGGAAGAAGAGGUGGGUGAGGCUUUUUUUAAACAACUAACAAAAUCCUCCAAAGCCCGGGACUUGGUGGUGAUGGGGGACUUGAACACCCAGACAUCUGCUGGGAAAAACAACACAGCAGGGCACAGAAUCUCCAACAAGUUCUUGGAAUAUGUUGGAGACAAUUUUUUAUUUCAGAAGACAGAGAAAGCUACUAGGGGAGAGGCUGUUCUAGAUUUGAUUUUGACAAAUAGGGAGGAACUUGUGGAGAAUUUGAAAGUGGAAGGCAGCUUAGCUGAAAGUGAUCAUGAAAUGAUGAGUUCAUGAUUCUAAGGAAUGGUAAGAGGGAGAACAGCACAAUAAAGACAAUGGAUUUCAAGAAGGCAGACUUAGCAAACUCAGGGAGUUGUAGGUCAGAUCCCAGGGGAAGCAAGUCUAAGGGGAAAAACAAUAGAAGACAGUUGGCAGUUUUUCAAAGCGACAUUAUUAAGGGCACAAGAGCAAACUAUCCCACUGCGUAGGAAAGACAGGAAGUCUGGCCAGAGACCACCCUGGCUUAACCAGGAGAUCUUCAUGAUCUAAAACUCAGAAAUAAGAGUCCUACAAAAAGUGGAAACUAGGUCUGUCAUAAAUAUAAAGGGAAGGAAACCACCUUUCUGUACACAGGGCUAUAAAAUCCCUCCGGGCCAGAGGCAAAACCCUUUCACCUGUAAAGGGUUAAGAAGCUAGGAGAACCUCGCUGGCACUUGACCAAAAUGACCAAUGAGGAGACAAGAUACUUUCCAAGCUGGAGGGGGGGGGGGAACAAAGGUCCUCUCUGUCUGUGUGAUGCUUUUGCCGGGACCAGAGCAGGAAUGCAGGUCAGAACUCCUGUAAAGGGUUAGUAAGCAAUCUAGUUAGAUAUGCGUUAGAGUCUGUUUUGUUUAAAUGGCUGAUAAAAUAAGUUGUGCUGAAUGGAAUAUAUAUUCCUGCUUUUGUGUCUUUUUGUAACUGAAGGUUUAGCCUAGAGGGAUCCUCUGUGUUUUGAAUCUGAUUACCCUGUAAGAUAUUUACCAUCCUGAUUUUACAGAGGUGAUUCUUUUACUUUUUCUUUAAUUAAAAUUCUUCUUUUAAGAACCUGAUUGCUUUUUCAUUGUUCUUAAGAUCCAAGGGUUUGGGUCUGUGUUCACCUAUGCAAAUUGGUGAGGAUUUUUACCAAGCCUUCCCCAGGAAAGGGGGUGUAGGGCUUGGGGGGAUAUUUUUGGGGGAAGACGUCUCCAAAUGGACUCUUUCCCUGUUCUUUGUGUAACACUUUGGUGGUGACAGCAUUUAACCUAAGCUGGUAAGAAUAAGCUUAGGGGGUCUCUCAUGCAGGCCCCCACAUCUGUACCCUAGAGUUCAGAGUGGGGAAGGAACCUUGACAGAGCUACUAUAAGGUGGGUGCAUAACUGGUUGGAAAACCGUUCCCAGAGAGUAGUUAUCCAUGGUUCACAUUCAUGCUGGAAGGACAUAAUGAGUGGGGUCCCACAGGGAUCGGUUCUGGGUCCAGUUCUGUUCAAUAUCUUCAUCAAUAUAGAGUACACUUAUAAAGUUUGCGGAUGAUACUAAGCUGGGAGGGGUUGCAAGUGCUUUAAAGGAUAGGAUUAAAAUUGAAAAUGAUCUGGACAAACUGGAGGAAUGGUCUGAAGUAAAUAGGAUGAAAUUCAAUAAGGACAAAUGCAAAGUACUCCACGUAGGAAGGAACAAUCAGUUGCACACAUACCAAAUGGGAAAUGACUGCCUAGGAAGGAGUACUGCGGAAAGGGAUCUGAGGUUCAUAGUGGACCACAAGCUAAAUAUGAGUCAACAGUGUAACGCUGUUGCAAAAAAAGUGAAGAUCGUUCUGGGAUUUUUUAGCAGGAGUGUUGUACGCAAGUCACGAGAAGUAAUUCUUCCGCUCUACUCCGCGCUGAUUAGGCCUCAACUGGAGCAUUGUGUGCAGUUCUGGGCACCACAUUUCAGGAAAGAUGUGGACAAACUGGAGAGGGUCCAGAGAAGAGUAACAAAAAUGAUUAAAGGUCUAGAAAACAUGAGCUCUGAGGGAAGAUGGAAAAAAUUGGGUUUGUUUAGUCUGGUGAAGAGAAGACUGAGAGGGGACAUGAGAACAGUUUUCAAGUAUGUAAAAGGUUGUUACAAGGAGGAGGGAGAAGAAUUGUUCUCCUUAACCUCUGAGGCUAGGACGAGAAGCAAUGGGCUUAAAUUGCAGCAAGGGAGGUUUAGGUUGGACAUUAGGAAAAACUUCCUAACUAUCAGCGCGGUUAAGCCCUGGGAUAAAUUGCCUGGGGAGGUCGUGGUGUCUCGGAGUCCCCGGGCGAUGCUCUGGAGCUGCUCCCUACGAAGCCAGGCAGGACUCUGGGGAAGUCUCCUUUCCGUGAGCAGCCUGUCUGCAGGACACACAGCUCACACAGCUUCCACCUUCCUGGGUCUGACCUCGGAGCAUUCAGCCUCCUCUGCCCCUCCGUGCGCUUCCCACAGCGAGUCCGCUCAGGCGGGGUCCUGGGGAAGCCAGAGGGUCCUGCCCCCCAACUUCGCAGUCAGACGUGACUCUCAGCCAGCCAGUAAAACAGAAGGUUUAUUAGACGACAGGAACAUGGUCUAACACAGAACUUGUAGGUGCAGAGAACCGGACCCCUCAGCUGGGUCCAUUUUGGGGGGCCGUGAGCCAGACAACCCCGUCUGCCCUUCACUCCAUGUCCCCAGCCAGCCCCAAACUGACUCCCCCUCCAGCCCCUCCUCCUCUGGGCUUUGUCCCUUUCCCGGGCCAGGAGGUCACCUGAUUCCUUUGCUCUCCAACCCUUUAGCUCUCACCUCGCAGGGGGGAAGGGCCCAGGCCAUCAGUUGCCAGGAAACAGGGUGUCGGCCAUUCUCUGUGUCCAGACCCCUGCACACACCUGCCCUCUAGGGCUCUGCAAUGAUCACACACCCUUAUCCCUCCACCGAGAUACUUAAGAACUGCCAUGGGGAAACUGAGGCACCCCACAACAUUCAGAGGAAACAUUAAGAACAGUCCCGCUUCGUCACAUGUGGAAUCUCCAUCAGUUGAGAUUUUUAAGAGCAGGCUGGACAAACACCUGUCAGAAAUGGUCUGGAUAAUACUUAGUCCUGCCACGAGUGCAGGGGACUGGACCAGACGACCUCUCGAGGUCCCUUCCAGUCCUAUGAUUUGCUAAGCAUGAUAAACUUGUUUAUAUGUUGGUAUCACCUUUGUACCGUGAGUUAAAGUGUGUGCUAUAUCUAUAUGUCCAACCUGUGCUGGGCCUGGCUGACACCCCCAGACAGACUGGCAUCAGCACUAUCCAGCCUGCUGGAUGGCCCUUCAAGAGCAAUCAGCUGAACAAUGAGCCCACUGAGAGAAGCCAGGGUCUACACGUAUGAGCCAGCAGGACAGGUAGGGACAUGCCUGUGCACAGGGGACUCCAAGAGCUUUUCCAUGCCCAUGUGCUCCGACCUUGUGUCUGGGACAAAGGAUGUACAAGCCACGUGGCAAAGGACAUAAAAGGCGGCUGCAUCUUCUCCAUUUUGUCUUCAAUCCUGCUUCCCAUCUCUGGAGCAACUUCUCUACAAACUGAGGCUCUGAACAAAGGACUGACUGAGCCAUCCAAACUCUGGGUGUGUUCCAGAGGGACAAGCCAGCAAACUCACCAAGGCUGCUAAGAACCCGAUCUAUGGACUCUGAAGUCGUACGUAUGGAUCUGACUGCUUUGAUCGUUGAACAACUCUUUUCCCGUUCUUUUCGUUUGUAAUAAACCUUUAGUUUUAGGUUUAAAGGCUUGGCUGGCAGCUUGGGAUUGUGGGUCAGAUCCAAACCAGCGUUGCUCUGGGAACGUGGUGGCUGGCCCUUCUGGGUUCAGAAGGACAUUUUGUGUAAGUAAGCAGAGUUUCUAAGGUUUCAGAGUAGCAGCCAUGUUAGUCUGUAUGCGCAAAAAGAAAAGGAUGACUUGUGGCACCUGUGACGAAGUGGGACUGUUCUUAAUGUUUCCUCUGAAUAGUGUGGGGGUGCCUCAGUUUCCCCUAGGCAGUUCUUAAGUAUCUAGGGGGUGGAGUAAGGGUGUAUGAUCAUUGCAGAGCCCCAGAGGGCAGGUGUGUGCAGGAGUCUGGACACAGAGAAUGGCCAACACCCUGUUUCCUGGCCACUGAUGGCCUGGGCCCUUCCCCCCCCUGCAAGGUGAGAGCUAAAGGGUUGGAGAACAAAGGAAUCCGGUGACCUCCUGGCCCGGGAAAGGGACAAAGCCCAGAGGAGGAGGGGCUGGAGGGAGUUUCAGUUUGGGGCUGGCUGGGGAUGAGGAGUGAAGGGCAGACAUGGUUAUCUGGCUCACUGCCCCCCAAAAUGGACCCAGCUGAGAGUAGGUGUUCUCUGCACCUACAAGCUCUGUUUUAGACCAUGUGCCUGUCGUCUAAUAAACCUUCUGUUUUACUGGCUGGCUGAGAGUCCCGUCUGACUGCGGAGUUGGGGGGCAGGACCCUCUGGCUUCCCCAGGACCCCGCCUGAGCGGACUCGCUGGGGGAAGUGCACGGAGGGGCAGAGGAGGCUGAAUGCUCCGAGGUCAGACCUAGGAAGGGGGAAGCCGUGUGAGCUGUGUGUCCUGCAGACAGGCUGCUCCCAGAAAGGAGACUUCCCCAGAGUCCUGACUGACGUCAUGGGGAGCAGUUCCAGAGCAUCGCCCGGGGAUUCCAUGACACCCCCUGCCCCCAAAAUAGCUCUGACGGUGCUCCUCAAUCCCAACCUGCAGCCCGAAGGUAUUCCAGCCCAGAACACCCAAAAUCCACCUCCUGAAGCUCUUCCCCCGCCCCCGCACCCUUUCCCUGCCCCUACAGACCUCCCAGCCCCAGGAGGAGUGUGGCCUUUCAGGCACCAUGGCUCAGUGCCAGCGGUCAGAUAGAUUCUCCUUUUGGGAUCUGAGAGCUGGCUGGGGGAGCUGGGGCUCCGGGACUAGACACAGCCAGGACCCCCCGAGCCGCACAGCUCUGGGGCUCUUCAUUUCAGUCUGGGAGAAGCCACCGGCCCGAGCCACAUGAGCUGCCCACGUGCCUGGAGCUGAGCCGAGGGAGACCCCAAUCCCAGGUGGGGUGAGUGGGUUCCGGGAGCCUCUCCCCCCAGCACCCCCACAGCAGGGCUGGGGCACAGGGAGCCCCUGCAGGCAGAUGGUCUGUGUCCAGUGUGACACUGCCCCAUAUUCAUCUAUCAAUGGAAAAGUUACAAUUUGCUGAAUAUGAUUAUCCUAUUUGUAGGCAUGUAUCAUUUGUGUGUCUGGAGUUAUGACUAUUGAC